GUAAUUUAUAUCAAAAUGGCCGACGCCAGACAAUUCAAUUAGCAACAACCAAAAACAUUCAACAAGACGGAUAUUAAGAGAAAUGGCUCGUUGUUUUCCGAGUAGAUGUCAGCCCAAGAAGUAUAUAAGUGUCAGGGUGGAGCUGUCAUUCUGUGAAGGGAUGGUUGUAUCUUAUGUUGAUGAAACUGGCCAAGAAUUUAGAGGAGCUCUCAUGUCACAUGAAACAAGAGCUCCGGCAUUAACUGGUGAAGUUAGCAAUGAUAAUAGAUCUGUCAUAGACCAUGAUCACAAUUAUUCUAAGAGAUCCAGUUUAAAAUGUGACGAUCCCCUUGCCACUCGUAGGAAGAAAACCAUAACACCCAUCCCCAGUUCUGAACCUAAUUACUACAUGAAUAGCGGUAUCAAAUCACGUGAAAUCAAAUCCAUUCCACCUCACCCAAUGGAAAAUGCCAGUCACUGCUUUGUGGCAGUUUGUAAGGCACCGGAUCAAGUAUUACCGUAUGUACCAAGUCACACUAGAAGGGCUAAACUAAAUGCAUUGAGAGUUAUCGAAACGAACCACAGAAAGGGACAUACUAAGAAGGAGGUCAUGCUGAAUUGUAAACGUCGACCUAAGAAACCUUGCAAUCCAAAAAUUCAGGCUGUAAAAAUGAAGCCUUUUUCAAUCAACAUUCCUAAAAUAUCCAUUGGGACGGAAAGGGAUUUUACUCAAGACAUACCUACCAAUGUUAGUUUAAAUUCUGAUUCAGAGGUAGAGACCAUUAACUCAAUGAUACAGGACCCUGCACAACAAACUGAAAAGGAAUUAAUGGAUUCCAACACUUCAACAGCAUUUGUAAUAACGAGAAUAGAGCCACGAGCUCUAUUUACUGACAAACUAGAAGAAUCCCAAGAAAAAGAUAUGCCUUCAUGUUCUUCUGAAAUGUUGGAGCAGGAGAAGGAUAGUGCUGCACAAACUGAAGAAAUGGAGCUUGUUAGCUCUAGAUCUUGUAUAGAGACUCCAAUGAUAUUAGCAGAAGAGAACAAAGAGCCAGUAACAGAAAAUCUACCUUCAAUGAUUGACACUGAAAGGACUAAUGAACAAAAUUUGAAUGAUUCAACAUCAUCAAAUAUACUUGAAACUUCUGCAGGAGCAGAAACAAGUACAAUUGAUGAUGCUAGACCACCUGAAGGAGCAUCUCAACAAGAGAUGGGUAUUCUAACUCAUCUUAUUACUGAUAUAAGAAAUGAAGCAUCUUCUAAUCCCAUUUGUAAUGAGACUGUGAACUAAAAGAUCACUUUCAUUUCUGAAAUAGCUCAGUUCAAUGUGCUAUUAUAAUUUUUUUCAAAGUAUCUUAUUUACAUUUUGUGUUAUUUUUUGUAAAUAAUUAUAAUUUAGUCAUAAUGGAAGUGAAAACUGAGAA